AUUCCAGAAUUUGACAACUUAUACUUGGACAUGAAUGGCAUUAUCCAUCAGUGCUCACAUCCAAAUGAUGAUGAUGUUCACUUCAGAAUCUCAGAAGAUAAGAUUUUUGCUGAUAUUUUUCACUAUUUGGAAGUACUAUUUCGCAUUAUUAAACCAAGGAAGGUUUUCUUCAUGGCAGUUGAUGGAGUAGCUCCAAGAGCAAAAAUGAAUCAGCAGCGUGGGAGACGUUUUAGAUCAGCAAAAGAGGCAGAGGAAAAAAUAAAAAAGGCAUUAGAAAAGGGAGAAACUCUGCCUACAGAAGCCAGAUUUGACUCCAACUGUAUUACACCAGGAACUGAAUUCAUGGCCAGAUUGCAUGAGCAUCUUAAAUAUUUUGUAAAUAUGAAGAUUUCCACAGACAAAUCCUGGCAAGGAGUAACAGUCUACUUAUCAGGCCAUGAG